AUGACUAUCUUUCGCCGUCGCCUACUUUGGCUUCGUAAACCCCAUGCACGCAAACACUCCCAUUGCAGUUUUGCUCCAAAUGCCACACAUUUUGGCACCCAAUUUCCAACAAAGCCACCAACAUCACAGCAUUCAUCCCAAGACCCAGCUAAAACCAUAGCAACCCAAUUAUGGAACUGCACUAGUUUACAAGAACUGAACCAAAUUUAUGCCCAUGUCGUACGCUCCCACAUUCUUGACUUUUACAGUGCCCCAUUUCAUUGGAACAACAUAAUAAGAUGCUAUACUAGACUAGAUGCUCCGAACAAAGCACUGCAAAUCUAUGCAUCCAUGUCCCAUGCUGGCAUCUCCCCUGAUAGUUAUACGCUUCCGAUUGUCUUGAAAGCGGCAUGCCAGUGUUUUGCUAUGGAGCUUGGUAGGCAGCUUCAUUCUAUUGCGAUAAGGCUUGGCCUUGAGUUGAACGAAUAUUGUGAGAGUGGUUUCAUCAGUUUGUACUCAAAAACUGGAGAAUUUGAAAAUGCAUAUAAGGUGUUUGAGGAAAAUCCUGGGAGAAAGCUGGGUUCUUGGAAUGCUAUUAUAGGAGGUCUUUGUCAGGGUGGGCGUGCAAAGGAAGUGAUUGAGAUGUUUAUAGAGAUGAGGAAGUGCGGGUUCAAGCCUGAUGAGGUGACCGUGGUUAGUGUGACAUCAGCUUGUGGGAGUUUAGGGGAUUUGAACUUGGCCCUUCAACUGCACAAGUAUGUUUUUCAGGCCAACAUUUUUGAAAAGCCAGAUAUUUUGAUGCUGAAUUCACUCAUUGACAUGUAUGGGAAGUGUGGUAGAAUGGACUUAGCUUAUAUGGUAUUUUCAAGGAUGGGCCAAAGAAAUGUGUCAUCUUGGACUUCAAUGAUAGUCGGUUAUGCGAUGCAUGGGCGAGCUGAUGAAGCUAUUGAAUAUUUUAGUUGCAUGAGAGAUGCCGGUGUGAGGCCUAACCAUGUGACUUUUAUUGGGGUACUAAGUGCAUGUGUGCAUGGUGGUAAGGUGCAAGAGGGAAGACAUUAUUUUGAUAUGAUGAAGAAUGUUUAUGGAAUAAUGCCCCGAUUGCAGCAUUAUGGGUGCCUGGUGGAUCUGAUUGGCCGAGCAGGGUUGCUGAAAGAGGCUAGGGAGAUUGUUGAGGGGAUGCCAAUGAAGGCAAAUGUGGUAAUAUGGGGGUGUUUGUUGGGUGCUUGUGAGAAAUAUGCAAAUGUGCAGAUGGGAGAGUGGGUGGCAAAGCAUUUUCAAGACUUGGAACCUUGGAAUGAUGGGGUCUAUGUGGUUUUAUCCAAUAUAUAUGCUAGCAGAGGCUUGUGGCUUGAGGUUGAGAAGGUGAGAGUGAUCCUGAAGCAGCGAAUGCUAGCUAAAAUCCCUGGUUAUAGUUUGGCUACAACUUCGGAUUGA